AUGGCCGCGGAUCGAGUGAAAGAGCUCGCCUCGAAGCUCUACGAUGCCUGUGUAGAACAGUUCGAUGCGGACCACUCUUUCUACCAGCAUGAUCUUUUAAGUGUUUCGGUCAUCCCCAAUGAUGAUGUUGUGCUCUUGUUGGAAUGCGCCCAGUCCUUGGUCAACCAGAAACUGUUCCGACUUCUCGAAGGUCAGAACAAGCGCCUUGUUUGGCGCAUCGUCGCCCGCGAAGAUGCCGAAAAACUGCGGAACCUUAGCGACGAUGAAGGCCUAGUCUUCAGUGUCAUUCACUCCAGCGGUCGCUCUGGUGUUUGGAUUCGCAACAUCCAGAACCGCACGAACUUGCACAAAUCUAUCCUCGACCGCUGCCUGAAAUCGCUCGAGAGCAAAAACUAUAUCAAAACCGUCCACAAUGUCAAACACCCCACAAAGAAGAUGUACAUGCUGGCCGGCCUGGCACCAAGUGAAGAUGUCACCGGAGGCGCAUGGUUUACCGACGGUGUUUUGGACGCAAACUUCAUCAACAGUGUCGCCGGCUUUAUCGAGUACACCGUCAGCCGCAAAAGCUGGUACGAAGCAUCCGCCGACCGCGGCCGGUCUAACAAGCGGAUCAAGACUAUCAGCGGCAAGGCGGAUGUGAAACCAGAGACGAAAGAAAAAACUUUCCUCCCUUACCCUGCAAACUACCCCGGAUACCCAACUCCCGAGGCCAUCACCCGCGCCGUGAACGAGAGCGGUAUCACUCCGGUCCAGCUCACCCCAGAGAGUAUCAUUCAACUGUUACACAUGCUCUGCUUUGACAAGAAGCUCGUCGCACUCAACGAUGGCAAAUAUUAUAAAUCCCUCAAGGACCCCGAAGCCGUCAAGGCCAACCAAUCCCGGAAGCCAAUGGAGGAUAGCAAAGAGCCCCAGUCUAUUGUUAGGGACUUGGGCCAGAACGGUAUGACCGAGUCACCCUGUGGCCCGUGCCCCAGCUUCCGACUGUGCACGCCCGGUGGAGCCAUCAGCCCGGAGACCUGUGAAUACUUUGAUCCUUGGUUUGAGAAAAAUCUCGGGUUCUAA